CAGGGCUCAGUUGUCGCCUGGUCUCAGCUGGCUCGGCCCCGCCCGGUCUGUGUACUGGGGUGGGGGUUGGCCCCGCCUCCGUGGGAGCCCAGCCCGGCCCCAAGCUGCCCCUCCCUGGGCCCCUGGGCCGUUUCCGCUCACGAAACCCCCUCCCCUUGGGGCUAUGGCUGCCGCUGCUGCUUUUGCGAGCUGUGUGGCCUUAACCAGGCCGGGCCGAACGCACAGCUCCUGCAAUCCCAACAUUCGUGCGCCUGCACCUCGGCGAGUCGGGCCCAAAGCUGGUUUCGAGCAGGCUAGGCUGUUCUUGGGCCGGAGACUCAAAUGUCCCUCAGGUGGGGCUUGGCUGGAGAGGUUACCCUCAAACUUCUACAGUCAGGGGUCCCCAAAACAUUCUCUAAGGUUUUUUUGCAGCAGAUAGAGCAGCUAAGUGUUUCAUUUUUAUUAAUGAGGAAAGAGAAAUGACUGACUUACCCAAAAUUUCCCUGGAUUUAAGUGACCAGAUUGUAAAUAGUUCUUUUCCUACCCAUUGCCCUUUCCUUUCAACGCCCAUUUGUUUUCUUGGUAACACAAACAUUUGUGGUAAGGCCAGUCUCUAGGUCAGACCUGUGCUUGGCAAAGAGAUCUGCAGCCAACUUGGGUAAGGGAAAUGGCUACAAGGCCUCUCCAGGCAACUCCUAGCCUGCCUUCCUGGCCGGAGGUCUCUCAGUACUCCUGUUCUUCCACAAGAGUUUUGCACCUUUACCCACCCACAGGCUACCCCUCCAAGAGAUGGCUGGUUCGGGGGUACGUGUGAAGGUUUACUACAUAGGUGAACUCGUGUCACCGCGAUUUGUUGUACAGAUUAUUUCAUCACCCAGAUUCUGGGAAAGCGAACUCCACGGAAGACUCAGAAACCAAGUUCUAAUUCAGUUGCCAUGAAAACUUAAGGUGAGGGGAUUGUCAAUCAGUGAAAAAUAUGGAGGAAAACACUAACAGAAUAUGAUGAAGAAGCCAACACUUGGGCUGCUUGCAUUACAUUAACCGAGGUUUACCCGCAGCGAGGCUGCCUCCAAAGCAGCCAGAGUUUGCAACCGUCACUGUCCACCCCGCGAGCUGCGAUAGUGCGAGAACUACAAUUCCCGUGGGGCUGUGCGGGAGCAUCGCGAGAGUUACCUUAAUUGUGGCGGCGGGAAGGCGGGCCCUGCAGCUGGCUGGGCGGUUAGGAGGGCCCGGGGCCGAGACGAUGGCUGACCACAACCCUGACAGCGACCCCACGCCGCGCACGCUGCUGCGACGCGUGCUGGAUACAGCGGACCCGCGCACCCCGCGGCGACCCCGGAGUGCUCGGGCUGGAGCCCGGAGAGCCCUGCUUGAAAUGGCUUCCUCCAGGAGGUUGAGUGGCCAAACAAGGACGAUAGCCAGAGGGCGUUCCCGUGGAGCCAGGUCUGUUGGCAGAUCGGCCCAUGUUCAGGCCAGUGGGCACUUGGAGGAACAGACACCUCGGACGCUGCUGAAGAACAUCCUACUAACUGCCCCGGAAUCUUCCAUCCUGAUGCCCGAGUCGGUAGUGAAGCCAGUGCCAGCACCGGAGGUGGUCCAACCCUCCAGACGAGAGAGCAGUUGUGGCAGCCUGGAGCUGCAACUUCCUGAGCUCGAGCCCCCCACAACCCUGGCUCCAGGUCUGCUGGCCCCUGGCAGGAGGAAACAGAGGCUGAGACUGUCGAUGUUUCAGCAGGGAGUGGACCAGGGGCUGUCUCUCUCCCAAGAGCCUCAAGGGAAUGCUGAUGCCUCUUCCCUCACCAGAUCCCUCAACCUGACCUUUGCCACACCUCUUCAGCCACAGUCAGUGCAGAGGCCUGGCUUGGCCCGCAGACCUCCUGCCCGCCGAGCUGUAGACGUGGGUGCCUUUUUGCGGGAUCUGCGAGAUACUUCCCUGGCUCCUCCAAACAUUGUGUUGGAGGACACCCAGCCAUUCUCUCAGCCCACGGUUGGCUCCCCUGAUGUGUAUCACUCCCUGCCCUGCAUGCCUCACACUGGGGCUGAAGACGCUGAGCAGGCUACUGGUCGCAAGACACAGAGCAGUGGGCCUGGGCUGCAGAACAAUAGCCCUGGGAAACCAGCCCAGUUUCUGGCAGGAGUGGCAGAGGAGGUCGAUGCCUUUGCUCUAAGCUUCCUGAGCACCAGCAGUGGUGUCUCUGGAGAAGAUGAAAUAGAGCCCUUACAUGAUGGAGUUGAAGAGGCAGAGAAAAAGAUGGAAGAAGAAGGUGUGAGUGUGAGUGAAAUGGAGGCAACAGGAGCACAAGGACCCAGCAGGGUAGAAGAGGCCAAGGGACACACAGACGUGACAGAAGCAGAGGGAUCCCAGGGGACUGCUGAGGCCGAGGGGCCAAGAGCAUCUUCAGGGGAUGAGGAUGCCUCUGGCAGGGAAGCAAGUCCAGAGUCGGCCUCCAGCACCCCUGAGUCUCUCCAGGCCAGGCGACAUCAUGAGUUUCUUGAGCCAGCCCCAAUGCCUGGUGCUGCAGUCUUAUCUUCAGAGCCUGCAGAGCCUCUGUUGGUCAGGCAUCCCCUUAGGCCCCGGACCACCGGCCCCAGGCCCCGGCAAGAUCCCCACAAGGCUGGACUGAGCCACUAUGCGAAACUCUUUAGCUUCUAUGCCAAGAUGCCCAUGGAGAGGAAGGCUCUUGAGAUGGUGGAGAAGUGCCUAGAUAAAUAUUUCCAGCAUCUUUGUGACGACCUGGAGGUAUUUGCUGCCCAUGCUGGCCGCAAGACUGUGAAGCCAGAGGACCUGGAGCUGCUGAUGCGGCGGCAGGGCCUGGUCACCGACCAAGUCUCACUGCAUGUGCUAGUGGAGCGGCACCUGCCACUGGAGUACCGGCAGCUGCUCAUCCCCUGUGCGUACGGUGGCAACUCUGUCUUCCCUGCCCAGUAGUGGCCAGGCUUCAACACUUUCCCUGUCCCCACCUGGGGCCUCUUGCCCCCACAUGUUUCUCCAGGUCUCCUCCCCACCCCCCCAGCAUCAAUAAAGUGUCAUAAACAGAA